AUGAGUUUUUCCAGUAAACACUGUGAGAGUGAUUUUUCAGAAGAACGUCUUGACGAUCAUUCGCCAACUGGUGAAAUAAUGUGUGAAAAGGAAUGCUCUCCCAAUUCUAAAAAAGUUCUUUCUUUCGAUAAGAGUGCUCAAGAGCAAAGUAACUCAGUGUCAUCCACUGAUAAUAAUGUGCAAAGUGAGAGUCCAGUCUUGGAAAACUAUGAAACGAAACUAGAUACUAUGAACAUGGAUGUUAACAAAUCUGAAGAUACAGAAGACCAGAAAUCAGUUUGUAAUGCUGAAUGUUCGCAUUCCAGAAAAGAAGGUGAUGAAAUCAAUCAGAAUGUGAUAAAAAAUGUUCCUGAAGAAGCUAGUGAGAAUCAAGUUUUGAAUGACAGCGAACUAAAAUUGAGUGCAGUUAUUGAAGAGCUCAAAAACUUAGAAAUUGAAGAAAUUUUUGCCCCUAAGAUUGUCCCUGAAACUGAUUUCAAUGAAGAACUGCAACAAACAAAUAAAAUUAUUUGUGCUGGAAAUAAAGCUACCGUAAGCUGUGAAACAGAACUAUGUAGUUCUGAGAAUAUUCAAAAAGAUAUGCAUGAAGAAUCCAAUGAUGUACCUGAAACUCUUGCUCAAAGCACUGUUGAAGAUGCAGUUACUCAAGAUAUGAAUAAAAGUGAAGUAAUUGGCCACGAUGCUUCUGAUACUGAAACAGUAGAAGAAGAAAAUGAAUCAUGCAAAAUGAAGGUUCAAAUUAGAAGAUCAGAAAAUUUUGCUUACGAGAUAUGCUCUGAUACUGAUUCUGAUGAUGAACUGCAAAUGACUAACUUCAUUUGUGCUGAAAAUAAAGCUACAGUAAGCUCUGAAACAGAACAAGGUUGUUCUGAGAAGAACCUUCAACAAGAUAUGCAUGAAGAAUCCAAUGAUGUACCUGAAAUUCUUGCUCAAAGUACUGAUGAAGAUGAAGUUUCUCCAUCUGCAAAUAAAGGUGAUCAUGAUUGUUUUGAUACUUCCCCAGCAAAGGAAAAGGAUCAGUCAUACAAAAUGAAGAUUAAGAGAAGAGCGGCAAAUGUGAAAUCUUUAGAAUCAUUUAGAUCUCUUAGAAUUACUUCUCCUACA